AUGAAGCUACCAUCCAAAACCAUUUCAAGCCCAGCUCGCACAGACAAAUUCCCUCCACCAUUAAUGCGUUUCUUAAGAAGCAAUGCAUCAAGUCGGAGCAGAAGAUCAAAAUCAAGCCCCAUGUUCGUUCUACGCAAGAAAAACAACAACAACAACAUUGAAACAACUCAAGAACCUUCUUCCCCUAAAGUCACUUGCAUGGGUCAAGUCAGAGCCAAACGCUCCUCCAAAUCAAAUCCCACUCACCGCACCUGGAUUAAAAAGCCCAAUACAUGCAGUUGUCGCCCCGUUUGGCCCAUAUGGGCUUUCUUCCACAGAAAAUCACCUAAACCAAAACAACCAGAUGAGUUUGUUUCUAUUUCUAUUUCUAAUAGUAAUAUUAAGAAAGAGAUUUUUAGUGUUGGUAAUUAUAAUCAAAAUCAAAAUCACAAUCACAAUCACAAUGCUAUCCCUUCAGCUUCAACUUCAACUUCAAACGCUUGUUCUCCUCCCAAGAACGCUUUACUGUUAACACGCUGUAGAUCCGCUCCGUACAGAUCUUCUUCACUUGCCAGUAGGUUUUGGAGUUCACCUUUAAGGAACGAAGAAACGGAGUCUACUUCCGAUAACGAGAAAUCGAGUUCGCAAUCGCUGAAUAGAGACUCGGUUUCUGAGGAUUCCGUAGGUACUGAGAGAUUCGGUUCUGUUAGGGAUUUCGAAAAUGUUGAAGAGUUGUUAUUGAAGGGAAGGGUGAAAAAGGAAGAAGAUGAGGAUUCUGCGGUGGUGGCGCGUCCGCUUGUACUCACUCGGUGCAAAUCGGAACCGGCGAGAGUAGAUUACAGAAUUGACCCUGAGGUAAAUAGUAUGUGGAAAAAGACAAGGUUGGGUUUUGCUGUUGCUUCUUCUCCUCUCCACGUACUUUCUGAUUAA